AUGGCAGACGCAGACGACUACCUCCAGGACGGCUUCGACCCGCGCAGCGUCACCGUGCCUCGCCUGCGCUCGAUCCUCGUCACGCACAACGUCGAGUAUCCCGCGACCGCCAAGAAGCCGCAGCUGGUCGAGCUCGUCGAGACUCACGUCCUGCCGCAGGUCGCGAAGCUGCGCGCCCAGCGCGCCAAGGCGAAGCGCUCCAGCUCGGGCAUCGUCAACGCCGGCAGCCCCGAGGACACGGGCAGAUGGGAGGACCACACGCUGGAGCCCACGCCCGUCAGCAAGCCGCGUCGCUCGGCGUCGCCCCGGAAGGCAUCGGCUCGCAUUAAGAAGGAGGACGAUGACGGGGCCGUGACGACGCCGACGUCCUACAAGGGUCAGACGAAGCGCAGCGCGCGAUCCGCCAGCCGGUCCAGUCGCCAGCCGUCCCACUACGACGACGACGAGGCGCCCAAGUCGACGCGCCGCUCUCGCUCUCGGAGAUCUGCCACGCCCAAGAUUAAGAACGAGCCCGAGGCAGAGGAAGAGACGCCCAGCCCCCAGGCUCCAUCAUCCGCUACUGCCUACGAGGAAGAAGAGAGCGUCUUUACCGACGAUAACCCGUUCCAAAGCGGUUCCCCCGCCCUCAAGACUCCUAGCCGGAGACGGUUUGGCGACGAUUUCGCUAGAGGCGAAAGGCCCAGUCGGCUACGGGAAGAGUACAUUGAGCCUCUAUCCAUCCCACGGCCGUCUACCGCCGCAAGGCCAUCAUACGAACUGUCUGCUCGUAAGCCGAGGCACGAAUCGCCCGAUUACUCGUUGGACGCCGGCGAGGAAUUCACCCCCGACGCGCAGCUGGAGCUGGAGGAGGCCGCGAGGAGGGGCGAGACCACCAUUGUGCCGAGAAGGCAGAAGCAACCCCGCCAGACGAAUCUCAAGACGCCAUUCUUUGUGCUCUUCAUGUCGCUGCUUGGCGUCUAUCUGGCAUGGUACCGACAGGAAAAGAUUGCCGUUGGCUACUGCGGUCUCGGCCGGCCAGCAACGCAAAUCAUCCCGCCUGAACUUCCCGUGCCCGAUGUCCUCGUCCCACUUGUCGAACCUCAGUGCGAGCCGUGCCCUGCACAUGCGUACUGCUACGAGGACUUUUCCGUCCGCUGCCACAGCGGCUUCGUCCUCAAGCCUCAUCCCCUGUCCUUUGGCGGCCUUGUCCCGCUUCCGCCAACCUGCGAGCCAGAUGGCGAAAAGGCGCGACGCGUCCAGGCUGUUGCCGACAAGGCGAUUGAAGAGCUGAGGCAACGCCGCGCCCAGUACGAGUGCGGUGACGAAUCCGGCUCCAAGAUCAACUCUCCCGCCAUUGCGGAGGAGGAGCUCAAGGCGUCUGUGAGCAGGAAGCGCAGCAAGAGGCUCAACAGCGAUGAGUUCGAGGAUCUCUGGGUGGCCGCCAUUGGUGAAAUCACCGACCGCGAUGAAGUGAUUGUGGAAAUGGUAACAACCACAUCGCCCGGUUCCCCCGAUAUUUCAAACCGCAAGCUUUCGUCCAGCUCUCUCGCUCGCCUUCCGCUCGGCUGCGCGCUCAAGCGCUCCGUCCGCCUCGGGCUGGCAAGACAUCGACUCCCAAUUGGACUUUUGAUGUUCGUCGUGCUCGCGGUCCUGUACCUGCGCGCCCGGUACCGCCAGCACCUGCUGGACUCGGCGCAGGUCCCCGCGCUCGUCGACCUAGUCCUAGAGAGGCUGGCGAACCAAAAGGAGCUGGGCGAGGAGGAUCUGGACGACCCCUGGUUGUUUCUGCCAAACUUGAGGGACGACGUGCUCCGGUCCGUGCACAAGGUGGCUGAGCGGGAGAGGAUCUGGCAGAGGGUCAAGAAGGUCGUUGAGCAGAACAGCAAUGUUCGCACUGGCCAGCGAGAGGGCAGGAGCGGCGAAGUCGGUCGCGCGUGGGAGUGGAUUGGGCCUAUUCAUCAUGGUGAUGGCGUCAGGAGGAGACGCAUGAGCGGCCGCUGGGCGCGGGAUCAGAUUGCUGAUCUCCCCGACUCGACGCCUGCUACGGCAGUGGAGAGCAAGAAGUGGACUGAGUCGAGGCCGAUUUUCUAA